CAUCAUCUAAAUCAAGAAUUUUCAGUCCACCUGCUAAAAUUAUUGUUUCUUCAAAAACACACGAAAAAAAAGCAAUGAAGAAAGCCACAUAUACUCUUGCUUCAAUUCUGGCCUUGGUGUUCUUGUUCGGUGCAAAUUCUGUAAAUGCUCAAGAAGUUGAGGAUGAGAGAGAAUUUGAUUACGCAAAGGGAAGUGAUAAGGGUCCGAGAAAAUGGGGCGAGUUGAAGAAAGAAUGGGCAGCAUGCAAGGAUGGUAAAUUGCAGUCUCCCAUAGAUAUGUCCAAUGAAAGAGUAAGAGUAAUUACAAAGCCAGAAAAAAGAAAUUAUAAGCCUUUCAAUGCCACUCUCAGGAAUAGAGGUCAUGAUAUUUCGCUUCGUUGGCAUGGUGAUGCAGGAUCAAUUUUGAUCAAUGGGACAGAGUACCCACUUCAACAAGCACAUUGGCACUCUCCUUCUGAGCACACUAUUAAUGGUAGAAGGUACGACAUGGAACUGCACUUGGUACACCAAACGUCCGACCUAAAUGUGAGGAGCAGGACAGCUGUUACUGGCGUCUUCUACAAGAUUGGCAAACCUGACAAAUUUCUCUCCAAGUUAAUGACAAAUAUAUCAUCCAUGAUUGAUCAGAAGGAUGAAGAAAGAAAUAUGGGAAUAAUUAACCCUAAAGAUAUUAAAAUGAACAGUCAAAGGUAUUACAGAUACAUGGGAUCACUUACUGUUCCUCCAUGUACCGAAGGUGUUAUCUGGACUUUAAACACUAAGGUGAAGACUGUUUCAAAAGAUCAAGUUAAGUUGCUUAGAGAAGCCGUCCACGACUAUGCAGAAGAAAAUGCAAGACCAUUGCAACCACAUAACAGUCGAGAUGUUUACCUUUAUGGCCCAGGAGAUACAAGUGAUUGAUCAUUGAUCACUAACAUUUUAUUAAUUUUGAUCCUCAUCACCAGCCAACACUAUUGUACUGAAUCGUUUUUUCAAUAAUUUUUAGUACAUUAUAGCCAAUUAUUGAAAUAAAAAAAAAUGUUUGAAGCA